AUGGUAUUGCCUUUGAUAUUAUUUCUUGCCUAUUUCGCUUACUCAUGAGAUGAUUCAAAUUUAGCAAAUGGCUAUUUAAGAGGCUAUUUUAACAUGACUGAAAUUACAGCUCAAUUAAACAGCUUUACUUCUCCAGAUCUUUCACUUAUAACAUUAGGAAAAAGUGUAGAUGGUAAUAAUAUUGAGGGAAUUAAACUUCUUAAGGCUGGUAUUUAUUAUAUAGACGGCAUAAGUUCUAACUUAAGGACAAAAAUUUUGAUCACGGGAACUCACACAACUAAACAACUCUUAGCAACGACUCAAGUUUUAUACUUAUUGAAUUUCUUGACUAACGAUACAAGUCCUAAUACUCUUUAUCUAGUGCAAACUUCUGAAAUCUAUUUUAUUCCAGUUAUAAAUGUUGACUCUUAUAUAGCUGCAGGCAAAUAUUAUAUAACUACAAAUACUUUUAAAGAUUUUGACAAAAAUACAAAAAAUACCUGCAGUUCAAAGUAAAUUUUACUUAGUGUCGAAUAUUCUGGAGUCAAUCUUAAUAGAAACUUUGAUUCACAUUGGGGUGCAGAUGAUACCGGAUCUUCAAGUGAUCCAUGUAGUAAUGUAUACAGAGGAGCCUCUGCUUUUUCAGAGCCAGAAACAUCAGCUCUUAAAACACUUAUAAGCACAACAAGCUUCAAAAUGUGAAUACAUUAUGGUAGUUAUGGGAACCACUUCUUUUAUCCUUAUUGUUAUCUCAGCAAUGUUGAUCCAAGUGGUGCGUUUAAAAAUAUAUCAUCAUACAUUUAUUUCCGAAAUUUGCCAUACUCUGCAAACUUAUUAUGGAAUGCAUCAUAUGGAACUACCUAUUCAAUAGUGAAAAGCUUAGUUAAUGGUGCACUGAUUGACUAUGGAAUGGAUAAUAAUAUUUAUUCAUUUUGAAUCACUAUCGGAGCUUACCAAGAACAACAAGCUAAUAUUUUACCCAAUUGCAGAAAUCAUACUGCAAUUUUUAAACAAAUCGCAUUAACAAGUGGUCCGCUCAAUAAAAUGGAAUUUGGCAGUAUUUCAGAAGAAAUUUGUAAGAAAAAUGAAGCAUGCACGAUUAAUGAGAACGCUUAUGCUUAUGUGACUUUGUGAUUCAAAAUUAUGAACUUAGGACUUUCUGAUUCUUAUGCAGAUGAAAAUUUCAUAUUUAAAGCAACAUAUGGAUCUACAUAUUCAUAUGAAAUUGCAAAUAUAAUAGUUGGUAACAGUGCUGCAACUUUAAGUUAUACAAAUAUCAGUGACUCAUCACAAAAAAUCAGUUUUGAAGUAAAUAUUGGCUCUAUACCUGCACUAUCAAACACAAAUAUUUUUAUUUCAUUUUAUAGUUAUAAAAAUUUAACUUAUGAUGGUGAAGAAAUGACAAUUAAUUAUCAGGCAAAAUUGACAAGCUCACUUACAGCCAAUUAUUCAGCUUUAUCGUUUUCUGACUCAAGUGUUGUUGGGAAAGCAACUCAGCCAUCAACUGCUAUAAAUACCGAAAAUUAUGGCGCUUUCUAUUAUAUAAGAGUGUCAAGUGAACACCAUGAACUUGCUGCAGUUGCUGCUAUAUGCGUUUUUAUAGGCAUUUUUAUGAUUGCUGUAUGGGUUUUAAUUGCAAAAAUAUUUUACAGUGAGCAGAUAUAUGGAAAUCAUAAUACUGAAUCUCAUGGGACAAUGGCAGGCCUAAAUACAAAAAAUGCUACUGUCGAACACACCUUGAUAAAAGAAUCCGCAAAGCCAGAAAACAAUUUAAACGGCUUUAGACCCAUGGGAUCUGAAAUCAAAAAUAUAGGUCAAGAACCUAACAAAUUUCAGCUUGAGCUUAAUACAGGAGAGGGAUCCCCAAGCCAAAGAGGAAAAAUUUCAAUUCCGAAUUCUCUACCUAAAUCAAGAGAAAAUAUAGGAAGAUUUAGAGAAUUUACUUUAGGAGAAGACAGCCCUUCAACUUUUGUAGGAAUUGGAUAUGGGAUGCCAAGAGCUGGUAUUAGGCAUGAUAUAGAUAAUCCAGAAAUCAGAAGUGCCAGGCAAGAGGGUCUGAGUAUUCCAAUGAGAGCAGGGCUAAUUUCUAAAAAUGAGCCAGAAAUAAAAGGAAAUAUAAAUGUUCCUGGCUUUGGUCCUUUGCCGCCAGAAUUAGAUCCAGGUUCUGCUCAAAGAGGGAAAAUCAAUGUUCCACCGCAUAUGAAAGGAACAUCAUUUGGAAAUGAUCCCUCAACAAAACUAGAAAUAGUCGAUGCACCUCAAUUGCCAAUAUUUGCAGGAUCUCCUACAGAUUUUUCAGCAAAAAACCAAGAAAAAAAAGGUUUUUCUCCAAUGGUUGAUCCUGGAGACUUACGACCAAACUUUGGAAGCCCACAAGCUAAAGCUGGAGGGUUUGGUGGAAACAUUGUGGAAGAAGCAAAGCUUCCUUUUGCAGUUCCCAUUUUCAGAGGCUCUACUGGAGAAGGCCCUUCUUUAAGUCAAGUUAGUAUUCCUCCUAGCCCAAAUGGAGAAAUAAACUUAGGAAAUCCUAAUUCAAAGGGAUCUUUUCAACCUAUAAAUCCUUCAUUUGGUGAAGAAUAUGACGAUAUUGAAAUCCUUGUAGAUGAUACUAAAUCAAGAGGACCCCCAGAAUAUAAAUAA